CUUUUGUGGUAUUUAACCACCUACCCCUUCCACUCUCUCUUCACGUUGUCGCACUCGCACCUGCUCUCUAUCUCCGUCCAUCUUCUCUCUCUACACUCCCUCGAUCCUUGUAAUUAUCGGUCAUCAAAUGGCAGUGUCAGGGAAGAUUGUCCAAAACAUUUUUGUAGCACAAUGCUGCCAUCAGAAUAGGCAGUUCGGCGCCCAAUAUCAAAGGGACAGAUGUGCCCCUAAUUUGCGCAGCUUGCUUCCCUUCCAAGGAAGGAAGUUGGCAUGGACUGGCAUCUCUUCCAUGCAUCUGCGCAACUUAUCAAAAUACCAGAGUGGUUUUGUUAACCAAGGAAAUGUUUACUGCAAUGCUGCUCCAUCUUCUACUUCAUUACCAUCUCUUGAAAAAGUUGAUUUUCUGAAGCUUCAAAAUGGCAGUGAUAUUCGAGGUGUAGCUGUUGCUGGUGUUGAGGGAGAACCUGUUACUCUUACUGAACCAGUUACAGAAGCAAUAGCAGCUGCCUUUGGUGCCUGGUUGUUAGAAAAGAAGAAAGCUGAUGGAUCUAGACGACUGAGAGUUUCCAUUGGCCAUGAUUCCCGAAUAUCUGCCCAAAAGUUGCAGGAAGCUGUUUCUCUAGGAAUUGCUAGUGCUGGCCUGGAAGUUGUUCAAUAUGGAUUAGCUUCAACACCAGCAAUGUUUAAUAGCACACUUACUGAAGGCGAACAGUUUUUGUGUCCUGCAGAUGGAUCCAUUAUGAUAACCGCUAGUCAUCUUCCUUACAACAGGAAUGGAUUCAAAUUCUUCACAAAUGCUGGAGGGCUUGGAAAAGCUGACAUUAAAGACAUCUUGGAGCGGGCUGCAAGUAUAUACAGUAAUUUUGCAGUUGAAGGUCUGGUAAAUUCCGAAAGGAAGGCUUCUGUAUCGAUAAAGAGAGUUGAUUACAUGGCUCUUUAUACGUCUUACCUUGUAGAGGCAGUUCGUAGAGCUGCAGGAAAUAUAGAGAGGCCAUUGGAGGGGUUGCAUAUAGUUGUUGAUGCAGGGAAUGGAGCAGGAGGAUUUUUUGCUGAAAAGGUGCUUGAACCUCUUGGGGCUAUUACCACUGGAAGUCAGUUCUUGGAGCCAGAUGGCUUGUUUCCGAAUCAUAUUCCUAACCCGGAGGAUAAGGAAGCAAUGAAAGCCAUCACCCAGGCUGUCCUAGCAAACCAGGCUGAUCUGGGAAUUAUCUUUGAUACAGAUGUUGACAGAUCUGCUGCUGUGGAUUCCACUGGUCGUGAGUUAAAUAGGAAUCGUCUGAUUGCUUUAAUGUCCGCCAUUGUUCUUGAGAAACAUCCAGGAACAACCAUAGUCACGGAUAGUGUAACUUCAGAUGGCCUGACUACAUUCAUUGAAAAGAAACUUGGAGGAAAGCACCACCGGUUCAAAAGGGGCUAUAAAAAUGUCAUUGAUGAAGCUAUUCGCUUGAAUUCUGUUGGUGAGGAGUCACAUCUGGCUAUUGAGACUAGUGGCCAUGGAGCUCUCAAGGAGAAUCACUGGCUUGAUGAUGGUGCAUACCUCAUGGUCAAGCUCUUAAACAAACUUGCUUCAGCUAGAGCGUCUGGAAUAGGUGGUGGCAGCGAAGUAUUGACUGAUCUGGUAGAGGGUCUUCAGGAACCAGCUGCUGCAGUCGAACUGAGGCUAAAGAUUGAUAAGAGCCAUGAAGAUCUUAAAGGAGGAUCUUUCCGAGAAUAUGGAGAGGCAGUGCUGAAACUCUUGGAGAAUUUGACUGAUUCAGAUCCUAAGCUACAGAAAGCCCCAGUUAACUAUGAAGGAGUUCGAGCUUCUGGCUUUGGGGGAUGGUUCCUUCUAAGACUCUCCCUUCAUGACCCUGUUCUUCCCCUUAACAUUGAGGCACCAAGCCAUGAUGAUGCUGUGAAACUUGGACUUGCUGUUCUCACUGUUGUUAAAGAGUUUCCUGCUCUGGAUUCAUCCGCCUUAGACAAGUUUGUCCAAUCAUCAUAAUCAGGGCCAUGAUGAUGCUGUGAAACUGGUGCUUGCCAUUCUUGCUGCUGUUAAAGAGUUUCCAGCUUUGGUUACAUCUGCCUUAGACAAGUUUGUCCGAGUAUCAUAAGCAUAAGCUGGAGAUUACCCUGUGCAUUUCUAUCUCAAAUUUGAGGAACACUUAACUUUUAUACUUAGUGAGACUGAUCUGCAACUCUUAACUUUGAGUAAUUAAGAGUUUCUGAGAAGUUUAAGCUUCUCACAAACUCUAGUUUUGUGGUGGGACUUGGAUAUGACUUAUCUCGAUGUGAUGAUUGUAUACGUCAAGAGUUACAAAUUUGGUAACAUUACCUACCACAGUUGCCCAUGAAUUAUGCUGCAAUUUUGGUAUGAUGAUCAAUAUGUUGCAAUGACUGCUUCCUUCGUGUACCCAGAUUUAUAAAUGCACCACCAAUUUCUUGUUUUGGAUUCUUA